CUUCCUUUUAAGCACCCUCUUAUGACAGAAGCUGAGCUUGUGUUUCCAAUAAAAAACCAUAAGAUCAUCUUGUUGUUUUUGAAUCUCUCAUUAAAAUCCCACUUACCAUCUUGAUCCUCUUCCCACUUCCCUCCUUCCAUUUUGAAAAUCUCUCCUUUGCUCUCUUUCUUUGCUGUCUUAGCAAGACUAUUCAAUUGUUGCAGUUUUUUUCCCCAUUUGAGAAAGGUGUGUGAAUUCUGAAGAUUUGUAAAGAUGAAUGACCUAAUGACCAAAUCGUUUAUGAGCUAUGUGGACCUAAAGAAAGAGGCCAUGAAAGAUCUUGAAGCAGGCCCUGACCAUGAUUUAGAAAUGGCAAAUGCAUCAAACACCAUGGACAGCAACCUUGGUCUGUUCCUUGAAGAAGCUGAGGAUGUAAAGAAAAAAAUGCGAUCGAUCCGUGAGAUUCUUGACCAGUUGCAAGAAGCAAAUGAAGAAAGCAAGUCCUUACACAAACAUGAGGCCUUAAAAUCGAUACGAAACAAAAUCAAUGCAGAUAUUGUUAAAGGCCUGAAAAAGGCCAGAAGUAUUAAAACCCAGCUUGAAGAAAUGGAUCGUGCCAAUGCUGCUAAUAGGCGCCUUUCAGGGUACAAGGAAGGAACUCCGAUUUAUAGAACAAGGGUUGCUGUUACUAAUUGCUUGCGCAAGAAAUUGAAGGAGCUGAUGAUGGAUUUUCAAGCUUUAAGGCAAAAAAUGAUGAUUGAGUAUAAAGAUACUGUUGGUAGGAGGUAUUUCACUGUUACCGGAGAGUACCCAGAUGAGGAAGUCAUUGAUAAGAUCAUCUCUGAUGGUAAUGGGGGUGAGGAGUUCUUGAAACGUGCAAUCCAGGAGCAUGGGAAAGGGAAGGUGUUGGAGACUGUGGUGGAGAUACAGGACAGGUAUGAUGCUGCCAAAGAGAUUGAGAAGAGCUUGUUGGAGCUGCACCAGGUGUUUUUGGACAUGGCAGUGAUGGUGGAGGCACAAGGGGAGCAGAUGGAUGAUAUUGAGCACCAUGUGUUGAAUGCUAGUCACUAUGUGAAGGAUGGUACCAAAGAGCUCAAGAGUGCUAAAGAUCACCAGAAGAGCAGCAGGAAAUGGAUGUGUAUCGGUAUCAUUCUCCUUUUGAUAAUCAUUCUUGUGAUUGUUAUACCUAUCGUUACUAGCUUUAGCUACUCUUGAAUUGGAGGGCCUUAUGGAGGAUUUAAUGACCUGUUAUUCCUUCUGGCUUUCUUGCUUUACUUUUGGAGGAUAUGCUUGAAUCCCUUAUUUUGGGGCCAGAUUAAGCGGGGAGGGGGUUUGGUUUUCUCUCGUCAUUGCUUUUCUCUUUGAGUAAUGGUAGGAUUUAAUGUUGUGAUGUAAAUUUGGAAAAAUUGCUUUAUUCUUUAUGCUCGUUCUUUGCUCCAAUACUGGAAGUUUACAUUCUGUACAGACAGUUGUUUUAGAACAGGUGUCUGCAAUGACUUUUAGGGAAAGAAAUUUAUGGACUUGAAAAGCAGCAGGAUUGCCUUUAGGCAAGAUAACCUGUAUGUUGUUCUGGUUUUUCAGAGAA